GGAAGACUCAGGGCGAUAGAGUUCCCCCCUCCCGCCGCCUAGAGUGUCCGUGCCGCCGAGGCCAUAGAGACGCGGCGGGGGGGCAGAGCGUCGCCUCUUGCUCCCGCUUCCGGGGGCUGCUCUGAAGUGGGGCCCGGAGCAGCCCGGGAGCGGCGCGGGGCUACCGUGGGGGAAGGUCGGGAUCCUUCUGCGCGGAGGACACCAUGGCGGAGCACGGGGCUCAUCUCACCGCGGCUUCAGCCAGCGAGGACAGGCCUUCCAUCUUCGAAGUGGUGGCCCAGGACAGCUUGAUGUCAGCAGUGAGACCUGCACUUCAGCAUGUGGUCAAGGUGCUUGCUGAAUCCAAUCCUGGCCGCUAUGGCUUCCUCUGGCAUUGGUUUGAUGAGAUCUACACCUUCCUGGAUCUGUUGCUCCAGCAGCAUUUUCUGUCCAGGUGUAGUGCCUCUUUUUCAGAAAACUUCUAUGGCCUAAAGAGGAUAGCGGUGGGAGACAGCAAGGGGCUGCAUCAGCUGGCCAGUGCUGGGCUGCUGAAGAAGCAACACUGGAAGUCUCUGCUCUUGUUGGUUCUCGUUCCUUAUCUGAAAACAAAGCUGGAGAAACUGGUCUCUAGUCUGAGGGAAGAGGACGAAUAUUCCAUCCAUCCUCCAUCAUCCUCCUGGAAGCGCUUUUACAGGGCCUUUUUAGCAGCCUAUCCCUUUGUAAACAUGGCCUGGGAGGGCUGGUUUCUCAGCCAGCAGCUGUGCUAUAUCCUUGGUAAGGCUCAGCAUCAUUCCCCACUGCUCGGCCUGGCUGGUGUACGCCUGGUUAGGCUGACAGCAGAGGACAUCCAGGCGUUGGAGCAGAAACUAGCAGUAGCCACUGCAAGCCAGCAGCCAGCUCACAGCAUUAAGGAGCAAGUGCAAUCAGCAGUGAAAAAAGCAUUGGGAGGAGUUGCCUUAUCCCUCUCCACCAGCCUCUCCGUGGGCGUGUUCUUCCUGCAGUUUCUGGACUGGUGGUACUCAUCUGAGAACCAGGAGACCAUCAAAUCAUUGACUGUGUUGCCUACUCCUCCGCCACCCGUACACCUGGACUACAGCACAGGCUCACCUCUCUUACCAAAACUGAAGACAGUGUGCCCGUUGUGCCGCAAAAUCAGAGCCAACGACACAGUCCUCUCCACAUCCGGCUUUGUGUUUUGUUAUCGCUGUGUCUACACUUAUGUAAAGAGUCACCAAAGGUGCCCCAUCACUGGCUAUGCUACAGAGCUGCAGCACCUUGUUAAGCUGUACUCCCCUGAAAGCUGAAGGGAGUGCGCGGUGCUGACACUUACAAAGCAGAUCCAUAAUUGGUGCAAGCACUGUAUAGUCUAGGUUCUUGUACCUGGAACACAACUUUUGUGCCAGCCAGAGUGUGUACAACACAUUACUAGGGCAGGAAAAGGUACAGUGACCAUUUAUUAGCAGAAUAAUCAGGCUCUAAGGCACAUUUGGACACUAGGUUCAGCAGCAGCACUAGGGUUUUUGCUGCCUUAAUUGCUGCUCUAUCCAAUUCUGAGAUGCUAGGGUUAGGUUGAGACUCUCAGCCAGAAGGCUCUGGUGCUGAACACUGUCAAAAGCAGAUACGGCCCUAAAUAAACCACUGCUCAGCUCCAGCCUGGCAUCUCCUAGGUUCCUAAGAUUCAUCAUGUUCUCCUCAGCUCUGCUUCCAGACUAUUCAAUCUUGGCAUUCACAAGGGAGCAUUACAGAACAGGGCUAGGCCCACAAUUCAUGACAAUUUGCCAUAAAUUUAACCCCCCACCCUCCCCAAAUCUCCCCUUCGACAACUCAGGGGUGAUAUUAGCAAGCCAGGCAGCACUAGCCCAAGCCAGGGAAAGGAUGCCCUCUGUCUGAAUUGGGUUUAUUGAGUAUAUGGACUGAAGCCAGAUAAAAACUGGAACCAUGCCGAUUCAGACUUUAUUUAAUAUAUACUCAAAUCUGUUAGUGAUUACUGACAUAGCAAAGCUGCUUCUCUCUUCCUUCCUAUCUAUCAUGAUACUGGGAAUUAGGCCCUAACUAGACUUAUUCCACUUCUGUUAUCUAAUGGUUUAAACCACUCAAACUGCUCAUCUGAAAGUUUAUAUUUGCAUGAACUGAAUCAGACUGUAGCUGCUUUCAUCAUAAUAUAUGAACAGUUGGUGGAGACCCAAAGGUCAUAGUAAAAUCACACAUGGUGGAAAUUGUAAUCAGGGAGCAGUGCCCUCAUACUGAAGAGGAGCCAAGACUUAAGCUGCAGUUUGCCAGUUUUAAUUAGGACUGGUGUAGUAUAGCUUCAUUUAGCACCUUAUGUCCAUUUGGUCAUACUGAAAUGUCUCCUUCGAUAAUCAGCCUGCUUAGAGAUCAAAGUUGGCUAGUGGUGAUUUUAAGGUGAUUCCUGCUUCCACAGCACUUUAGUUGAUCUAGUUAAGCACAGGUCAUUUUAGCCAGUUGGAAGGAGUGGCUUUUCAUGAAGUGUGAACCUUGUUUUCUAUUGAAACGACAGAGGGCAGCAGUAGACUAUCCUAGCUGGUAUGGUAUUACAAUACAUUACAGAAACAGCAAUUUAGCCUUCUAACAACGUGCUGCAAAGAACUUGUACAAUCUUUUCACAUUAAGAGCCAAGGUUUUUUUGUUUGUUUUUUUUAAUCCUUUGAGGCCCAAGAAGGGUCCCUAACUCCUGUACCCUGUUAAAAUGAAAGCUGUUACCUUAGAUACCAGACCAGUGCUAAUAGCUACCUCUGCCUUUGGAGGCAUAUUAAUAAGGCAGGCAGGCUCAUUUUGCUGCCUCCACAAAUACUAU